UUUCAUUUUGUACUUCUGCUCAUUUUGGCUUCUUAUUCUUCGCCCUAAAAGCUGAAAUAUUAAUGGCUUGUCCUGCUGGCAACACUGCUCCAUUAGAGCUGAACCCAGUCCUCCUGCCUCUGAACUGGCUGCUGGGAAGCUGGGAGUCUGAUGAACCUGGAGAGGGGACCUUCCCCACCAUCAAACCUUUCCGCUACACAGAGAAGCUGCACUUCAGCCACGUGGGGCAGCCAGUCAUCAACUACAUGUUCAAUGCGUUUCAUGCGGAGACCAACAAACCAAUGCACAGAGAAUGUGGUUUCAUUCGAAUCCAGCCGGGGACCAACAAAGUGGCCUUCAUCAACGCACAGAACACAGGUCUGGUAGACAUCGAGGAGGGGGAGCUGACGGGACAGCAGCUGAAACUGCAGUCCCAAAGCCUGGCCAGGAUAUCUUUUGCCAAGGAGCCUCAUGUGCAGCAGAUUUCUCGGGUCCUUCAGCUCCGACCAGAUGGGAAGCUGGAGCAGACGGUUAUCAUGGCGACAGACAACCAGCCACCCUCUCAGCAUUUGCACAUCACUUACCGCCGCUCGCUUUGACCCGUGUGGUCCGACCAGUCAGGCGUCUCCGUCCUUCACACAGAGCCAUCAGGACAAUCUGUACUCAUGUUGUUGUGUGUGUGUGUGUUGAGAUGCACAGAUGUAGGUUUGGGAACAUGUUGGAGGCAUUUAAAUAAACUGUUUUGUUUAAGUUUUA